ACUCCGUGGGAGACGAAUGCUUCUGCGUUCCAGGAGUCCCCACAGCUUUUGUAUUGUUAGUGAGAUUUCAGAGAGGAAGUUUUAUGGAUGAAAUGUAACCCGAAUAUUGAAGAAACCGAAAGAUAGAAUUGGCCAGGAGAUAACUAUCUCUGAGGGAAGGGUGGAAUAGGAAAACAGUGGCAAACAAGUGAGAUUGGAAUCCCCACUGAAGCAGAAGAUCUCUGUUGAGGAGCAAGAAGAACUUCUUGGUCCUGAUGUCUGACCAUGGAGAUGUGAGCCUCCCACCCGAAGACCGGGUGAGGGCUCUCUCACAGCUGGGCAGUGCAGUGGAGGUGAAUGAAGACAUUCCACCCCGUCGGUACUUCCGCUCUGGAGUUGAGAUUAUUCGAAUGGCAUCCAUUUACUCUGAGGAAGGCAACAUUGAACAUGCCUUCAUCCUCUAUAACAAGUAUAUCACGCUUUUUAUUGAGAAACUGCCAAAGCAUCGAGAUUACAAAUCGGUUAGCCUUCCUGAAAAGAAAGAUACAGUAAAGAAGUUAAAGGAAAUUGCAUUUCCCAAAGCAGAAGAACUGAAGGCAGAAUUGUUAAAACGAUACACCAAAGAAUAUGCACAAUAUAAUGAAGAAAAGAGGAAGGAGGCGGAGGAAUUUGCCCGGAACAUGGCCAUCCAGGAGGAGCUGGAAAAGGAAAGACAGAGGGUAGCCCUACAAAAGCAGCAACAGUUGGAACAGGAACAGUUUCAUGCCUUUGAGGAGAUGAUCCGGAACCAGGAACUGGAAAAGGAGCGACUAAAAAUUGUACAGGAGUUUGGGAAGGUGGACCCUGGCCAAGGUGGCCCACUGGUACCUGACUUGGAAAAGCCCUCUUUAGAUGUGUUCCCCACCUCGCCUGUCUCAUCCACACAGCCUUCAGACUGUAAUUCAACCCUAAGGCCAGCCAAGCCACCAGUAGUGGACAGGUCCUUGAAACCUGGAGCACUGAUCAACUCUGAAAGUAUUCCUACAAUUGACGGAUUGCGACAUGUGGUGGUGCCUGGGAGGCUGUGCCCACAAUUUCUUCAGUUAGCCAGUGCCAACACUGCCCGGGGAGUAGAGACUUGUGGAAUUCUCUGUGGAAAACUGAUGAGGAAUGAAUUUACCAUUACCCACGUUCUCAUCCCCAAGCAAAGUGCUGGAUCUGAUUAUUGCAACACAGAGAAUGAAGAAGAACUUUUCCUCAUACAGGAUCAGCAGGGUCUCAUCACACUGGGCUGGAUUCAUACUCAUCCCACACAGACCGCCUUUCUUUCCAGUGUCGACCUACACACCCACUGCUCCUACCAGAUGAUGUUGCCAGAGUCAAUAGCCAUUGUGUGCUCCCCCAAGUUCCAGGAAACUGGAUUCUUUAAAUUAACUGACCAUGGACUAGAGGAGAUUUCUUCCUGUCGCCAGAAAGGAUUUCAUCCACACAGCAAAGAUCCACCUCUGUUCUGUAGUUGUAACCAUGUGACUGUUGUGGACAGAGCAGUGACCAUCACAGAUCUUCGAUGAGAAUUUGACUCAUACACUUGAGGACUAUAAAACCUUAUCAGUGUACUGUAGCCCCUUAAUUUGAGCUUUCCAGAAAGCUUUGGAAGCUUUUAAAGACAGAAUAGGACAGGGCUAUCACUUGGGGAAGAAUUGAUUUUCCCUAUCAGUUUGAAAUGAAAGAAUUGGAUAUAUAUUUUUAGGCAAAUCUGGUGGAAAGGAGCAUGAUCACACUACAGCAACUAACUCAAAAAUUAAAUUGAAAGAAUGGUGUAAUGAACACUCACAUACCCUUCUUUCUAGAUUCACAAAUUUUUAACCUUCCAUUGCUCUCAGCUGUCUUCUAAUUUACCUAUCAACUUGUUUAUUAUCUACCUUUGUACUAAAUGAGGGCAUCUAUGCAGAAAUUUGGAAGCCAUUUAGAAACCAUUUGGGAUUGUCCUUCGGUUUAGGCAAUAUUAAUGGCACUGAUUACAAGGGUGAGGGGCAGCUCACUACGUCUGAACAGAUGGUGAGGCCUCGGAACCCUGAAGAAUGGUGUUAUCAGGAAUUAUGUUAUUUAACAAAUACUUCAGGAUAUUUCUCCUGUAUAAUAAAAUGACUUAACUUA